UUUCCUUAACUGACCUACAGGCAGUGAUAUGUCUUUUUAUUGGUGGGUUUUUCCUAGUGAUCCUCAUAGUACUGAUGUGCUACCUAAUAUGUACCAGGGACAACUUGCCUGACAAACCACCAGACUACUCAGAAUCAGACCUGUCUCUCGGCUUGGUGAAGGAAAACAAGAGAAAUGAGUCUUUGGUAAAAGUGCAUGAUCACAUGAAGAAUGCCAUGAGAACAAGUCAACUCAAGUUUUCUGGUAGUGAAUUCCGAUGUGCCAAAGUACUCAGCACUCAUCAUGCCAAUGGGAGUGAUGAGUUGGAAUUAAUCCCAGGAAAUAUCAUAACAAAUCUCAGAAGAACCAAUGUCUCUGGCUUGUGGGAGGGCCUAUGCAACCACAGAAGAGGUUUGUUCCCAAUGGGCUGUGUGCAAUUUUAUAGGUCAGAACAUGAACUGCAGAAAGAGUUGUCAAAGGCAAAGUCAGAAGGCAGACUUUCUUAAAGUG